GCAAUUUGAUGAAUCGUGUCGUCGCUGUCAUUAAGCCUCAGAAACAGCGCGGGGCGUGCAAUCGGACGGACAGCUGGGAAGAGCGAGUGGCAAGUCUAGGAAGGAGCGGCGUGUCUCCCUCCUCGCGUUUUUUAAGUCGUUCUUUCUUUAUCCGAGACUUUCCUGCAACUAUUUGGCGUCCGCGCGCCAUCCCGGCCUGGGCUUCGGCGCUAUGGAUCCGCAAAACGGCGUGCCUCAAUCCGCUUCCACGGUCGUAAACUCACACAUUUUUUGGUGAGCUCUUGUUUUCCGCCGUGUUUUGACUUCAACGCAGUGGGGGGGGGGGGGACCUUUGGCUCGACAAGGAGCCACUGAGGGUCCACAUCAGUAUGGUGAACAGCCAAGCGUCAGGCAUUGCGCCGGCCCCGAGGUCAUGUGCAGGAUGUGGGGGGAAGAUCGCCGACCGUUUCCUGCUCUUCUCCAUGGAGUGUUAUUGGCACACUCGCUGCCUCAAGUGCUCCUGCUGCCAAGCCCAGCUGGGCGACAUCGGCACCACCUGCUACAGCAAAGGAGGCAUGAUUCUGUGUCGCAGCGACUACAUCAGGCUGUUUGGGCACAGUGGGGCGUGCAAUGCCUGUGGCCAGUCCAUCCCAGCCAAUGAGAUGGUGAUGAGGGCACAGGGAAAUGUUUACCACCUCAAGUGUUUCAGCUGUGCCACGUGCAGGAACAGACUGAUGCCUGGAGAUCGCUUCCACUACAUGAACGGUACCAUUUUCUGUGAGCACGACAGACCUGGUGCUGCCCUGCUCAGCAGCCACCUGCCACAGCUUCAGAGUAACUCUGUGCUGACGGAUCAGAAGGUAUGCUGAGUGGAGUGUCUGCCGAAGCUUUAAUUCGUCUCCCCUGCUACUGUUGCUAUUGCUGUGAAUCCUGUUCACCACCGACGUCCCUUCCCCGAAAGGGCAGCUCUCUUGCAGAGAAAUCUCGUCCCGUCGUCAUAUCACAGAAUCCCAGCCCUCUCAUCCGAUGUCACAUUUAUGUUGUGUCCCGCAGUGGUGUCGCCCGGGAUUUUGGGUCCUAUUAAAAAAAAAAUAUAUAUAUAUAUAUAUAUAUAUAUAUAUAUAUAUAUAUAUCACUUCAAGGCCCUACCACAAUGCCACAUAUUGAAAAUACCAUUUUCUAAGGAACUGGUCAAUAAUGGGCCCUCAUCACUUUUCUCCUCUAUGGGGCCCCUGGUGUUCAGUACAAAAGUGGCAGAUGCUUACAUUCCGUGUGGACUGCACUAGCAGAGACUCCCCUGGACUCUCGAGUAAUCCAGAAGAUAACAAUCGUCAUCAAUCAGAGGAUGGAGUGAAAGAGGCUUGAAUGAGAGUUUGAUGGACUGCUGUAAAAUGACUGUCAACGUCUUGUGCCAAGUGGCAUUAUUUUCCCUUACCGUCAGUGUUUUGAGUGAACUCUGAUCUGUCUCUUUUAUAUGUCUAUCUCAGACCUUGUACUCCAGGUGUUGAAUUGUAAAAUUAGAUGGGUGUCAGGCAAAAAGUGUAUAUUUCAGUCCUGAGAAAUCCAUUAAUUCCCCAAAAAACUGCUGUUUCAAAAUAAAUGCUACAAACUUUUUAAGCACUAUUGAAAAUAGGAACUUGUCAUUGUCAAUGCCUGUAAUUUCCAUAAUGAAUUGUAUUCUUCAUCAGUUUCCUGUUCAAUGUGUGGAAGCAAGUAAUGGUUUUAUUGAGAAAAAUCCAAUUAAAAUGAUUUUCCAGUAUGA